GUCCAGGAGGGAAGGAACGCUCGAUGCGCAAUAAUAAUAUUUCACGUUGCAGUUUAUCGUACAUAGGCAACGUUAAAUUAAUUUCACGUUCUUAGUGUCUUUUCAUAUUUGACGCACGGCAUAAAGCGUUGGCGUACGAACCCACCGCGUCUCCCACGGUAAAAUGCAAGCGAUGCAUCAGAUUUCGAUAGUGCCUGUGAGUGACAGUGUUGUUUGACAGUUUAACGUCCCCCACCCCUCGGCAACAUAACGAUUCCCACCUCGGUGAAAUGCGUGCAGCUAUUAAAAGGAUUAACAGAGCAUAAAUCGAUCGGAUUCCAUUUGGUACAAAUGGUGUGAAUCCUUCCUUUUUUUCGAUCGAGGAAUUUCGUCUCGGUGAAAUGAGAAUCCUCAUUGGACGCGAACUAUUGCAUUUCAAGAACGUCGGUCGAUAAAUGCGUGGCAAUUGUUGGAAAUCAUGUGAUUGGACCGUGCUUCUUGGAACGAACAUUAACAGGUCUCGAAACGUGCACAACCGGAUCAUCGUCGCUCCUUGGAAUUGCUUGAUCGAGAUCCACGGCUCGUAAUAAUCCAAAGGUCUGUGAACAAUUGUGGUUUAGUGUUUAAUUAAAGACGCAUCUGCUCAGCUAUUAAUAACUCGUUGCUUAUUUUAGGUAAAUGUACAAAAUAUUCUAUUCGAUAUGUUGGAGCAAUCAAGAGCAGGACAUAACAACGACGCUUAAUUUUCUGCCCGCCGUGUGCGUGUGUGCGUUUUAAAGAAUCGUUUGACGCAGCUCGCCAACGCGUCAUUCCCGUGCAAACUGAUUAAACGAUUGUGUCGUAUCUAUUCUACAUGAAUGUUUGGAGAUCCGCCAGAUAUUGUUGGAGAAGGAUCGGUUUCGGAUCUGAGGGACGUAGAAGGAUGGUGGGAUAAUCCUGGCAUCGCAGCCUGGAGUUUCGCCCUUUUGGGCUGUUUUCUACUAAAUGCCACUCUUUUGCUGGCAUUCCUCGUACGUCCCUCGUUACGGACUAUCUCCAACAGGUUCGUGAUGAAUCUAACCGCGUCGAAUCUGUUGGUAUGCGGCAUCAUAAACACCCUGUUGAUCAUGGACGCUUCGUCGUCGACGGCUGCCGCGCGAAUGGAGGAAUCGAGAUCCGUGGGAAGCAUUUGCGGCUCGUCGGAGGCAGCCAUCACCGUCGUCACGACAUCCUCGGUACUUUCAGUUCUUUUAAUCGGCGUGGAUCAGUACUUUGCCGUGGUGGAUCCGCUGCGUUACCGAGCGCGGGUCGACAAGCUAAAGUCUGGAAUAUUGAUAAUGUCCAUCUGGCUGAUCUCGAUCGUUUUCGGGAUUCUCGCGUUCCUAAAUCCGAAUCCACGAGGCUUCUGGCUCUCCUGCGCUCCUAUGAACGAUCGUACCAUAGAUCCCUCGACAGUGUCGACGGUUGCUGGUAUAGAGAUCGAAACGAACGAACCGAACAUUACUGGAACGUUCGAUCCAUCGACAAACGAGGAUAUAGAUCCGACAGAGAACGCCACCGCGAUCUUUGGUACGCUUCUCGUGGACAGUACCAUUAGCUACGGUUUCGUUUACGCGGUUCUGUACAGUAUCUUGGCCUAUUUCCUACCGUUCGCCGCCGUAUGUUGGAUCUACGUGAGCAUCUACGCGGCGGCGCAUCGAAAUUCCGAAAGGGCGAGACGCAGCGGAUCCAGGCCGAUCCUCUCGUCGGGCAGCUUCACAGAGGAACAGAACGGCCCCCACAGACUGCAACGGCUUCACGCCGACACUGUCGAGGACUUCCGUAAGCUGCAAAAGAUAUCGAGCUUAUCCUCCAUCGACGAGACCAGCGAGACCGUGCAAACCACCGGUCAGGUAUCGCGAAGACGUUCGUUCUCCUCUUCGAUCUCCAUCGAAGUAUCAUCCCCGCCUGUCGACGACCACGCCACGGGUAUCGUCUUCACGGUGGGCUCGAAGAGAAUGGAAGUGUCCGAUCCUCAGGAAAAUUGCAACGAUCUCGAUGGGAAGAAAUCGUCCGGAGAUUGGUCCGACCGCCAACGGGGGAGCAGCAGCGAGUCCGAUUCCAAUUCUAAUUCUGAUUCCGAAUCUGAAAACGAAGACGAAGAUGAGGACGAGGACGAGGACGAGGACGAGGACGAGGACGAGGACAAGGCUCGUUUCGAUGUUGACGAGUUGGAGAAAUUUUCUUCGAAGGUUUCGGCGGCCCUCGAACAGCCAAACGAAGCUAAAACCGACGCGGAAUCGGGAAUUAUGUUCAAGGCUCCUUUGGAAGACAGAUCGAGGCCAAGGUUUCAAGGUAACAAGAUCGAGAGGGAGGAGUCCGUGAUCGGUAGACAGAACACGACGGAACGUUCUUCCGCUUGUCUGUUGACGCCUAUAGUGACGAUCACGCCGGCGCCCGCCAGGAACGACGACGGUUUGCAUCGCGUGUCGAGCAUAAGAAGCACCUCGAGCUACAUAAGCUCGCUGAAGGAUAGAAUAAGCAACGGUUCGAUAUUCAGGCACAGAGAGGAGGCCAGGGCGGCUAAGAUAAGCGCCCUGGUCAUAGUGAUGGGCCUGAUCUGCUGGUCACCGUACGUGAUCAUAUUGGUGAUGAAGAACCUGCCCAGAUCCAUCGAUCAACACCUGUCCCACAGAUACGACGCGUUCACGUCCAGUUUUUUGAUACUGGCCGCCUACAUCAGCCCGUUGCUGUUCGGUUAUCGCUCGAAACGCGUGAAACGCGAGCUGAGAAGGUUCUUCUGCUUCAGGCGGGAGCUGUCUUACAAGAACAACAGGAGCCUGAUGGCGAAGAAAGUAUUAAAGAGAAGGCACAGCAGCACGCUCAGCCACCUCGAAAUGGAUCACAAGUACAAUAUUUUUAAUUGCGUGUACGGGAAGAAUCGAUGGCCGAAGGAGAAGGUUCAGUUUGUGCAAGUACCGGACACCGCGUUGACCGUGGAAACGUGCAGAAGCAGCUUCUCCAGCGGUGCCAGUACUCAGAUUUCCAGCACCUCGACGGAGGAAUGUUGACCAUCGUCGUAACGUUCCUCGAAUUUUUCGCUAACACUAAACCAACCGACGCUUCGUGUAGACUCGUUCCUACCAUGACCAGUCUUUCGUUUUCUCUUCUACGAGGUAACGUACUUUUAAUUUUUCCAUUAUAUGGACAUAAAGUUGUCGAGAUGUCUUUUUACUGUUGCUCAAAAUGUGCAUACUUGGUACUUAAACUUUCGUUAAUUCUCAUGGUAGAUUCUCGGAUGGAAGAUCAAACGCCCUUGAAAACGAAUUUUGUUUCAAGUCGAUACACCAUAAUUGGUUCCAGAGAAAACAAUCAUUUACGAAAAAAUAAUAGUUUUAUUGCUGAAACUUCUGAAAUAUAGAAGACAGCAUAAAUUGGAACAGUAGCUGUAUUCAUCGGAUGGAGGAUGAAGAGACCUUUGAAAUGAAACUUGUUUCGAGUCGAUAGCGUAAUUGGUUCCGGAAAUACGAGGGUUCGAAGCGUUUGUUUACUUUUCAUUGUUUACGUCGCGCGGUCAUUGACCUCGCGGGCUCAGACAGAGAUAGUCGAAUCAAAGAAGCUACCCUUUCACGCAAAUCACGAUAUCUCGAAAACGAAAAGUCGGAUCGACAAAAACCAAAAACCAUUUCAAAGAGGAAGGUUCGCCGCUUCUAACACCACUGUUAGACUCGAUCACGGAUA